AGGUGUCCAGUAUCAAUUAUAAGUGGCGAAUGUUCCUAUAGGUCUCUGAUAGCACGAUACAUAAAGGCAGCUGACAUGUUAGUAUCGGGAGCAGUUCGGUGGAUUUAGUCUAUCGAAGGCCACAACGCCAGUACGGUGAGAGAGAUGAAGUGUAUCAUCCCACUGAUUAGUUUAUUUGCUGCGGCUUUAUGUGCCACGCAGGCGCCGACUACAACCUUAGACCCCAACAGCAAUGAGGCUCGAAUGAAGUACAUUGAAGCCCAUCUGGAGAACCUGGCUCGUCAAACUAUGCUCCAGCAACUGUUUGUGGAUGAAAGGACGCGGUCGGAUGGUGAUUCAGGAAUAAAAGAGGUACGAAUGAAUCACAAAGGAACAAGAUCAUUCAACUCUGACACUGCUGGACAAGAUUCUGUCAAUGGCAUUCAUGAUCACAGUAACAACAAAUUCUUAGUUGGCAUGGGGGAAGUUGAUGCCGUUAUCAACGGGGUCGAGUUCCGAACCCGACAUAACGAUUUCAAACUGCGCAUGCCCAGCAAAACAAACCAAAAUUACCAUGCGACGGAAAACAUUCCUUUUCCACCAGUUCCCCCAUCAGUAAAAAGCAAACACACAGUUGCAGAACAGAUCACUGAAAUGCAAAAUUAUUUCAAGGCAUGGAAGUAUCAAAAUCAUAAUCUUAGAGAUUACAGGCCGUACUUUAAGGCUGUAAUGUGCUACAUGGAAGGAGCUUGGACCAAGAAUAUCAAAUCCACUGUGGAUCAGUUUGCCACUCCUCGUCACAGUUUAGAGGCCAGUGAUUGGUCUGACCUUGAACAAAAGAAUCGAUUUACUUCAUACACAGGAGGAAAAGAUCCAUCAGAAAAUUUGGCUUUCUUACCAAGAACGGUUAUGAACGUAAAAAAUGGUACUGUUGAAUACGCGCAGUGGAACUACAGGAUUUUAUGUCAUCCUCUGCAAAAAGAUAUUCCUUUGAAGAUAUUUGAACCCAUAGACGACCUUGCUUCAAGACUUGCUAAAAAGUAUACUAUCAGACAAUUUGCACAGACCAAAGCUGCAAGAUUUAACCUAGCAGCUUAUGAGUAUUUCCAUUAUUAG